CUAAGGCGCCACCUGUAUGCUUAGCCUCUGUUUAAAUUGGCAUCAUCCUCCUAAUCUGCAUACCAUUUCUAGACCAUUGUUCUGACGUUUUUUAACAUUCUUCACUUUACAGAAAAGAUGUCUAACGGAGCGGUAGCGGGUGCCGUGCAGGGAAGACUGGAAGGCAAAGUGGUAGUAAUUACAGGCGGCGCAGCCGGAAUUGGAGAGGCCACCGUUCGGCUGUUCACAAAACAUGGAGCGAAGGUCAUAAUUGCAGACAUUGCAGACGAAGCAGGGCUCAAAUUGGCAGAAUCCGUUGCUCCGUUGGGAACAUUCGUGCACUGCGAUGUGAGCAAAGAGGAAGAUGUGAGCAAAGCCGUGGAUUUGGCAGUGGAAAAGCACGGAAAUCUGGACAUAAUGUUCAAUAAUGCGGGAACGAUCUCUUCGGAGAUAAAGAGCGCGGUGGAGUAUGACAUGAAGAGAUUCGAACGCGUGAUGAGUGUAAACGUGAUGGGAGUAAUGCACGGCAUAAAGCAUGCUGCUAGGGUAAUGAUCCCUCAGAAAAAGGGGUGCAUAAUAAACACGGGGAGCAUAGCAGGGAUAUUGGGAGGAGCUGCUCCAUAUUCCUACACUGCCUCAAAGCAUGCCGUUUUGGGCUUGACUAAAACUGGUGCAGCCGAGCUGGGGAAAUUCGGGAUCAGGGUAAACAGUGUUUCUCCUUCGGGGCUUGCAACAUACUUUUCUAUGCAGCACUAUGAUGAGAUUACGGAUGAUCGUAAGGCGGAGGUGGAGGGUUUUUUCGAGAGCAGAGGGAAUUUGAAGGGGGCAACUCUGAAAGUGGAGGAUAUGGCGGAGGCGGCUUUGUACUUGGCGAGUGAGGAAGCAAAAUAUGUUAGCGGGCACAACCUGGUUCUUGAUGGUGGAUCUAGUGUCGUUAACCACAGCUGGGGCCUCUAUCAGUGAACACUGCAUAGGCGGUGGAAGCCUUUGAACUUUUAAUAAUUUCUCUUCAACUUUCCCUCCAGCUUCACUACUGCAAAAUGUCUUAUGGCUACUUAUAAGCCUAGACGAGUUCGCUUCCUUUUUACUAGAUAUUAUGAUGAUGGUGUUUUUCAAAUGUAU